GCUUGGAUUUCCUUCGAGAUGAGUUUUUUAGGUCCCGGCAAUCUCAAGUAGCUUUAUGCGCUCCUUGCUAUUUACAACUUACUGCUCCUGGAAUGUCCCGUAAAACUCAGUUAGCGGCACUCCGCUGUGUGUUUCGAAGCAAUUGGUGUUUAAUAGGCUGAUCGCUUGAUUACUCGUCACUCCACAUGACAAACUAUCAAGAGUUAAUUAAUCAUCGCUUAAUCUUUACACCAAAUGCUCAGCAGACACUAAACUCAGACAUAUUCACCUUGUGAACAAGACUCAACAAGUCUGCACAUGCCGUGGGUGGCGACCUUAGAGUGUUUCAUAAAAAUUCAGUGGAACAUCUGGCUAUGCUGUACGUUUGUUUAGCUUUGAGCUUUUGGAGCAAGAUUCCAACAGCAUUGUCCUGCAGCCAAUACUCACCGUAAUCCAGCUGACAAAAACGGAACAACGGUAUAACUAGGGACAAUUUUUUCGAUCAUCCCUCCUGGUUUAUGAAGGAUAAGAUCUAGCGUAUCCAUCAUGAAGCCGGAUUUUGUGGACGACAAUAAGGUUCCCGAACUCAGUAAAACUACUCAACCGCUAUCGUACACAGCACUGCAUGGCCGUGUUUUGAAAACUUCAACCUCGAAUGAUUUACGAGGUCAAACUUUAUUUGCACAGACUUUACCGAAGAACGGGCGAGUUCCUUCGCCAUUAAGGAAGUUCUCAGAGACUUUUAAAAGAAAGGGAUUCGCUAAAUCGAGCGUGACCGCGAUGAAAUCAAGGAAUGGGAGUAUUUCAAGUGAUAGUGGCGAAGGGUCUCUUUCUGAUUUUCAGGCAGCAACAAACGAACAAGAAAAGUUUAGCUUUAAGAGCUUGGGACGCUAUCUGCCAAACCAAGACAAGAGAGAAAAUGGACAGGAAACUCCUAUAAAGAAGGGUUCGAAAAAAGCACAAAACUUGACUUUUCGCAAACCACGUAGAUGUAGUUCACCAGCUACGCCUCCGACUAGACAAAAUUUUGAAUACGGUUUUCAGGCUGGAAGUGCAACGCCGGCUUUGAAGUCGAACUUGAAGGGUCGUUUAAAUCGUCAACGAGGGUCUUCGUUGCCCGACACUCUAGACGGAGGUGCUAAUAGUAUUACUACCAAUAAUAUCCGGGACUCAGGUACUUUUAGUAUCGGCUGUUUGGAAGAAGAUGACGAGGAAUGUCAAUAUGGCAAUGAUGUGCGUAAAUGUUUUGAUUUAACGCGACCACUAUCAAAACAUGCCAAGUCUUCCGUUUUACUCAUUUCCAAUCAGAACAACCACGAGUUCGAGUACAUCGAACUAAACAAACGUCUCGAUAAGGAAACUCUACAGGCAUCAGCAGCUAUUCUUGACGAAGAAGGGAUGACUAUUCUACAUCGAGCCGUCCAAAACGGAUUUGCCAAUCUUGCUAAGUUCCUCGUGAACAGUGGUGUAUCAACCGAGAUUGUGGACUUGCAGGGAAGAACUGCUCUUUGCCUAGCCUUCGAAAUCGGAAAUUAUGAUUGCGCCGAGCUAUUACUCAGACUCGGGGCAAAUAUUAAUUUCGCCAUGAAAGGUGGUAAGACGAUUUUGCAUCAAAUGGCCCAAGAAGGAGACUACAAAGCAGUACAGCUGCUAGUGAAAAAUGGAGCGGAUUUGAAUAUGGAGGACGACAAAGGAUGGCCUGCUUUACAUUAUGCGUUAAAGAGAAAGGAUCUUAAGUGUGCGGCUCUACUCAUGACCUCUGGAGCAAACAUUCAUCGCUACACAGAGAAACGAAUUCAAGAAUUUUCCAUGUCCAUGGAAAUUGUGAACAUCGGGCGAGUCAGAAUGGACAGUACUCGAACAGUUGAUGAAGACUUGUCACCCGAUCUGGAAGUUACCAUAAUCUAGCUGUGAGACAGGCCCUGAGUACACUGCGGAUUCCUUCUGUUUCUCUAUCUUUUUCUCGCGUGUAACGCCAUUUUGACGCAAACAUUUAAUCUUGAAUAACUGAAUAGAAGUAGCGCUAAUUUUUGAAGGUAUAUAAAGUGUACGUGUUAAAUUUACGGUGACAUUUCGAUACUGAAUAAUAUUUUACUAAAGUGCCACAUUAUUGAAGAGCACGUUGCGCCUGUGUUGUUCCAGUAUUUUCUCCAUUUGCAAGCGUUUGUAACUGAGUUUUUUUUGCUGUUGAACUAUGUUAAUCUCUUUUUAAGAGAUCCUUAGCUAUUCAGAAACUCUAAACUAUGAUAAUAUGAUCGUCUACGCACAAAAAUAAACUCAAUCUAAAAGCGAAACAUUCUUAAUGCAUGAAUCAUGGCUGAGAGAGUUCCAUGUAAACAUGCUCAAAUAGUUGCCACUGUAAAAUAAAAUGUUUAUAGUUACAGAAGCUGUAGAAGAAAGAGAGGAUCGCAAAUAAUUUACUUCAAUGAUAGACAAUGCAAAUUAUAUGUUUAUAAUUAAGUUACUAAAAUUGUUUGUUCAGAGUUUGAUGGACAAAGUAUUAAAAUUAAUUCAAUGAUA